AUACCGUCGGUAUUACCACACAUCAAAAGAAGAGACCUCUUUAGGAAACAACAUCAGCUGCAGCAGCAGCAGCUGCAUCAAUAGGGACCUAUUGAUGCACACGCUGAAACAUUGUUUUCUCAGCGUCAUAUUUCUUGCCCUGUUUUACGGAUUUACCAUCUUUCUUGUUCCUUUGAUGAAACCUCCAGUUUCUUCACGCCCCACCAUAAACACAUUUUCGGUCCCAGGAACUGAAGAUCAGGAAAGACAGAAACAGGAAAUGAAGGAUAUUCUGGCUGACCUGCAGAAUAAGAUGGACUACCUUUUUCCAUCUGCAGAUUUAUUACCAAACUUUGCACUGAAAUCACAAGGCGCAAAGGUUUUACAAUGGAUGCCAUCGGCCGUACAUCCUGGCCAAAUACAGAGAUGCAGUGGGUUUGGGUUUGCCCCAGAACGGCCAUCGAUCCACCCAGACAUUGUUAUUCAGGGGAGGACUCGCCUACACCCAGGAGAGUGCUGGGGAUUUGAAGGUUCCCAGGGACAUUUAGUCGUCGCCCUGUCCCACAGAGCUGUCAUUAGUCAAGUCACCUUGGGUCACAUUCCUAAAAUGGUGUCCCCGACUGGUAACAUCUGGAGUGCUCCCAAGGAGUUUUCUGUUUAUGGAAUGAGGGAGCCUGAACAGGAAUGGACUCACCUGGGAACUUUUAUCUAUGAGGAGGAUGGAGAUCCUCUUCAGACCUUUGAGCUACCGAACCACGAAAAAGUGGCCUUUAGCUCCGUAAAGCUUCAGAUAAAUAACAACUGGGGCCAUCCAGAUUACACCUGCCUCUACAACAUCCGAAUCCAUGGAGAGAUCGCUUAAUCAGGAUGGAUUGAAGGUAAGUAUGGACUCAGGUAAGAUUUCUCACUUUAAGUUUUUCUAAAGCUUC